GAGAUGCGUCUGGACCCCUCCGGUCGGCCAUAUUAUGUGGAUCACAACACCAAGACGACAUCUUGGGACAGACCUACUCCACUACCUCCUGGUUGGGAAAUGCGCUUGGACGAACACGGCCGGCCAUACUACGUGGACCACAACACGAGAACGACGACUUGGCAGAAGCCAAGUGAGGACAUGAUGAAUCACUUGCAACAGUAUCAGAUAUGGAGGCAGAACAGACCCAUGAACCAACUGGCCGAUCGCUUCCUCUUCCCCACAACGCACCCCCAAACUCCUUGUGAUGAUCCACUGGGCCCUCUGCCCGAGGGAUGGGAGAAAAGAGUUGAUCCAAAUAACCGAGCUUAUUUCAUUGAUCAUCGGACGAAGACAACCCAAUGGGAGGAUCCAAGGACUUUUGAAGAAGAUCCUCUACCCGAAGGCUGGGAGAUACGAUACACGAAUGAGGGCGUUCGAUAUUUUGUCGACCACAAUAGCAAGUCGACAACCUUCCAAGAUCCCCGCGGCCCAUCGGCCCUUAGUAAAGGACCGAGGGGUCGGUUCGGAGUGCCCUUACAAUACGAACGAAGUUUCCGGUGGAAGCUUAGCCAGUUCAGGAUCCUCUGUCAAAGCAACAAUCCGCAAGGUCACGUGAAGAUAAAUGUAACGAGGGAGAACUUGUUUGAGGACUCUUUCCAGCAGAUUAUGAGACUUCAGCCAAUGGACUUGAGACGCCGGUUGUUCAUUGUAAUCAAGGGUGAGGAGGGCUUGGACUAUGGGGGCAUUGCCAGGGAGUGGUUCUUCCAAGUGUCACACGAUGUCCUCAACCCUAUGUACUGCUUGUUCCAGUACGCCAACAACAACAACUAUGGUCUCCAGAUCAAUCCUGCUUCAUACAUCAACCCCGACCAUCUCAUGUACUUCAAGUUCAUCGGACGAUUCAUUGCUAUGGCUCUGUACCAUGGCAAAUUUAUAGACAGUGGAUUCACGAUGCCCUUCUACAAGAGAAUGCUCAACAAAAGUCUGACAAUCAACGACAUUGAGACGGUAGAUCCUGAAUUCUUCAACUCUCUCGUCUGGGUCAGAGAUAACGACAUCGAUGAAUGCGACAUAGAACUCUACUUUGUUUCUGACUACGAGAUUUUAGGCAAGAUUGAGGAGCACGAGCUGGUUCCAGGUGGCUCCAAAAUCAAAGUGACCGAUGCUAACAAGAAGGAAUACAUCGAGGCCAUGACAAAAUGGCUGUUCUCGCGUGGCGUGGUGGAACAGAUGAAGGCUUUCCUCGAUGGAUUCAAUGAAAUCGUUCCACUUACCUGGUUGCAGUACUUUGACGAGAGAGAACUCGAGCUGAUGUUGUGUGGCAUGCAAGAGAUAGAUGUAAACGAUUGGGAACUGCACAGCAUAUACAGGCACUACAAUAAAUCCUCCAGACAAGUUCAGUGGUUCUGGAAGUUUGUGAGAGAGCUGGACAACGAGAAGAGAAUGAGACUAUUACAGUUUGUGACUGGAACCUGCAGGCUACCUGUAGGAGGAUUUGCAGAGCUCAUGGGUCGUAACGGUCCACAGCAGUUCUGCAUUGAGAAGGUUGGCAAGGAUUCCUGGUUGCCAAGAUCACACACCUGCUUCAAUCGACUGGACCUUCCCCCGUACAAAAGUUACGAGCAACUUGUCGAGAAAUUAAACUAUGCCAUUGAGGAAACUGAAGGAUUCGGACAGGAGUGA